GCAAACAGCAGCUGCAAACAGUCAAGGACCGCUUCCAGGCUUUCCUCAAUGGUGAAACUCAGAUUGUGGCCGAUGAAGCCUUCAUGAACGCUGUCCAGAGUUACUAUGAGGUGUUUCUGAAGAGUGACCGCGUGGCCCGUAUGGUCCAGAGUGGCGGCUGCUCUGCCAAUGACUCUCGAGAGGUCUUCAAGAAGCACAUCGAGAAACGGGUGCGCAGCCUGCCGGAGAUUGAUGGCCUGAGCAAGGAGACCGUGCUGAGCUCCUGGAUGGCCAAGUUUGAUGCCAUCUACCGCGGGGAAGAGGACCCCAGGAAGCAGCAGGCCCGCAUGACGGCCAGUGCGGCCUCCGAGCUGAUUCUCAGCAAGGAGCAACUCUACGAGAUGUUCCAGAACAUUCUUGGGAUCAAGAAGUUCGAACACCAGCUCCUGUACAAUGCCUGCCAGCUGGACAACCCAGAUGAGCAAGCAGCCCAGAUCAGACGGGAAUUGGAUGGACGUCUCCAAAUGGCAGACCAAAUAGCCAGGGAACGCAAAUUUCCCAAGUUCGUCUCCAAAGAAAUGGAAAACAUGUACAUUGAGGAGCUGAAGUCGUCAGUCAACCUGCUCAUGGCCAACCUGGAGAGCAUGCCAGUGUCCAAGGGCGGCGAGUUCAAGCUUCAGAAACUCAAACGCAGCCACAACGCGUCCAUCAUCGACAUGGGCGAAGAGAGCGAGAACCAGCUCUCCAAGUCCGACGUCGUGCUCUCUUUCUCCCUGGAGGUGGUGAUUAUGGAAGUCCAAGGCCUCAAAUCCUUGGCUCCAAACCGCAUUGUGUAUUGCACAAUGGAGGUGGAAGGAGGAGAGAAACUGCAGACUGACCAGGCUGAGGCUUCGAAACCAACGAAAAGCAAAGUGCAAUGUAGAAAUAUCAGAAGAAUUAAGAAUUUAAAAUUAUGCAAAAAUAAAUCCACCCGGCUGCCCAUCCGCCGCCGCAGCCUCCAUGCCCGUCUCCAACUGCCAGGACGUGCUGAAGCUGCACUCCCGGCCAAGGAUGAGUUCCCCGCCCUGAGCGACCACAACAACCACCUGGUCAAGGUGCUGACCCCCAAGCUGUCGGCCGAGCUGCGUGCCAAGUGCACACCGAGUGCUUUCACGGUGGACGACGUCGGCCAGCCGAGCAUCCUGACCAUGGGCUGCAUGGCGGGCGACGAGGAGUCCUAUGAAGUCUUCAAGGAGCUCUUUGACCCCAUCAUCGAGGACCGCAUCAGUGUGGGCCUGCACGCCUGCUCUCUUGGGCACCGCAAGGGCAGGAAGCAAGACGGGCAAAAUGCCUGGCUUCACGAUGCUCUGCCAAAAAAUCAAGUGCAGUGGGGCAGCUCGGAGGAGGCCAGUGUGCCCGUUGUAGUUGCCCUUCUCAGAGCUGUGCAGGUUAUUCUCCAUCCCACCCCAAACAGCCCCAAGCAGUCAGAGUGGCACAAAAUGGCAGUCUCCAAAAACUGCCCGGAUCAAGACCUGAAAAUCAAACUUGCUGUCCGAAUGGAUAAGCCUCAAAACAUGAAGCAUUCUGGGUAUUUGUGGGCCAUCGGUAAGAAUGUCUGGAAGAGAUGGAAGAAACGGUUUUUUGUAUUGGUGCAGGUCAGUCAGUACACGUUUGCCAUGUGCAGUUACCGGGAGAAGAAAGCAGAGCCCCAGGAGCUUCUACAACUGGAUGGUUAUACUGUGGACUACACCGACCCCCAGCCAGGUUUGGAGGGUGGCCGUGCAUUCUUCAACGCAGUCAAAGAAGGCGACACCGUGAUAUUUGCAAGCGAUGACGAGCAAGAUCGAAUCCUGUGGGUCCAAGCCAUGUACCGAGCCACCGGGCAGUCACACAAGCCUGUGCCCCCCACCCAAGUCCAGAAGCUCAACGCCAAGGGAGGGAAUGUGCCUCAGCUGGAUGCCCCCAUCUCUCAAUUUUACGCAGAUAGAGCUCAAAAGCAUGGCAUGGAUGAAUUUAUCUCUUCCAACCCCUGUAACUUUGACCACGCUUCCCUCUUUGAGAUGGUACAGCGCCUUACUUUGGAUCACAGACUUAAUGAUUCCUAUUCUUGCCUGGGCUGGUUCAGUCCUGGCCAGGUGUUUGUACUCGAUGAGUAUUGUGCACGGAAUGGAGUCCGAGGGUGCCAUCGGCAUCUCUGCUACCUCAGAGACUUACUUGAGCGGGCAGAAAACGGCGCCAUGAUCGACCCGACCCUCCUACAUUAUAGCUUUGCCUUCUGUGCAUCCCACGUCCACGGGAACAGGCCCGACGGAAUUGGAACCGUGACUGUUGAAGAAAAAGAACGUUUUGAAGAAAUCAAAGAGAGACUGCGGGUUCUUUUGGAAAAUCAGAUUACACAUUUUAGGUAUUGCUUUCCAUUUGGCCGACCGGAAGGUGCUUUAAAAGCUACUCUCUCACUCUUGGAAAGGGUUCUGAUGAAAGAUAUUGUUACCCCAGUUCCACAGGAGGAGGUAAAAACGGUCAUCCGUAAAUGUCUAGAGCAAGCCGCUUUAGUCAACUACUCUCGACUGUCAGAGUAUGCCAAAAUCGAAGGGAAAAAGAGAGAAAUGUAUGAGCAUCCUGUCUUCUGCUUGGCCUCCCAAGUGAUGGAUUUAACCAUUCAGAAUCAGAAGGACGCAGAAAAUGUAGGCCGGUUAAUCACACCUGCCAAAAAGCUCGAAGACACAAUCCGUCUUGCCGAACUAGUCAUUGAAGUUCUUCAGCAGAAUGAGGAGCACCACGCGGAGGGGAAAGAGGCCUUUGCGUGGUGGUCGGACUUAAUGGUGGAGCACGCCGAGACAUUCCUGUCCCUCUUUGCGGUGGACAUGGAUGCAGCCUUAGAGGUGCAACCUCCAGACACGUGGGACAGCUUUCCACUGUUUCAGCUGCUGAAUGAUUUUCUCCGUACUGAUUAUAAUUUGUGCAAUGGGAAAUUUCACAAACACCUGCAAGACCUGUUUGCCCCACUUGUGGUUAGAUAUGUGGAUUUGAUGGAGUCCUCAAUCGCACAAUCCAUUCACAGGGGCUUUGAGCGGGAGUCAUGGGAACCAGUCAAUAAUGGAUCAGGCACCUCGGAAGACCUGUUCUGGAAGCUCGAUGCCCUUCAGACCUUCAUUAGGGACUUGCAUUGGCCCGAAGAAGAAUUUGGAAAGCACCUGGAGCAGCGACUAAAGCUGAUGGCAAGUGACAUGAUCGAAUCGUGUGUCAAAAGAACCAGGAUUGCAUUUGAAGUGAAGCUGCAAAAAACCAGUCGAUCAACAGAUUUCCGGGUCCCACAGUCAAUAUGCACCAUGUUUAAUGUUAUGGUUGAUGCCAAAGCUCAAUCAACAAAACUUUGCAGUAUGGAAAUGGGCCAAGAGCACCAAUACCACUCAAAAAUAGAUGAACUAAUUGAAGAAACUGUUAAAGAAAUGAUAACACUCUUGGUUGCAAAGUUUGUUACUAUCUUGGAAGGAGUCCUGGCAAAAUUAUCCCGAUAUGACGAAGGGACUUUGUUUUCAUCAUUUCUGUCAUUUACCGUGAAGGCAGCUUCCAAAUAUGUGGAUGUACCUAAACCCGGGAUGGAUGUGGCCGAUGCCUACGUGACUUUUGUCCGCCACUCUCAGGAUGUCCUGCGUGAUAAGGUCAAUGAGGAGAUGUAUAUAGAAAGGUUAUUUGAUCAAUGGUACAACAGCUCCGUGAACGUGAUCUGCACCUGGUUGACCGACCGGAUGGACUUGCAGCUUCACAUUUAUCAGUUGAAAACUCUAAUUAGGAUGGUAAAGAAAACCUAUAGAGAUUUCCGAUUGCAAGGGGUCCUGGACUCGACCUUGAACAGCAAGACCUAUGAGACCAUCCGGAACCGGCUUACUGUGGAGGAAGCCACAGCCUCUGUCAGCGAGGGCGGGGGCCUGCAGGGGAUCAGCAUGAAGGACAGUGACGAGGAAGAUGAAGAAGAUGAUUAGGUCAUUGGACCCCAAAGCCCACUGGGAUGGAGCCCUGUAACCAAUGCAUGUCCUUAGUCUGUUAGUCAACCCCAUUAGGGAAUUUCUGUCAACUCCCAUGCCCAUGAGGUGUUUACCAAUACAAUUGCCAUUUUAGCUCUGUGGUACUAAGAUUAGCAAACGACCUUCGAAUCCACUGAUUUCCUGAUUCCAUGUCUCUAUGUUUACAAGCAAUAUGGAGCACCAUUCUUUAAAUACUGUUCAUGGAGAAUACAUAGUUCAACCGCUAGGCGUGUCCCUGUUCUAAGCGAAGUUCAAUGAUGCUUCAUUAAUGUACUGUGUAUACAUUGACAGUCAAAGGAUGUGAGGGCGAGUACAAGGAGUGCUUUCAUUUCUUUGUUUCACGUAUGUGGAUGCCACUUAUUUAAAUGAGUACAUAAGCAAUUAAUUGAGAAGUCUAGAUCUGCUUUGUUUUUCGAAAAACAAAAGGCAAGGCUCCAACAGCCAACUUAGGGUUAUUUCUGUUCCCAAAAAUGAAACAGAUGAACCCCUUAUAUCCUCAGUAGCGCAUCCUGUCGUUUAUCCAUCUAGUUAGCCGCCCCCCCACCCCAAACAAACAAACAAACCCAGGAUGGUUACGUACCAAGGGAUUGAUCUCUCUAAAGCCACGGCCAGGACGAGCUCUCGUGAUGUACCAUGAAGCACAGUUCAGUGCAACUGCCUUCUGUUUCAGCGUAUCCAACCGAAUGUCUCAUUUUGCUUUCUGUGUUUCAAAAACUGUGUAUGUAAAAAACAAGCAAACAGACCCUGACUAUUUAAAUGACAGCCCUAGACUAUAUAAAUGUGUUUAUAAUGAGAUGUGGAUAUUUCUUCAGUAGACUGUAACCAUAAUUUGAAUUAUUUUGUUCCACCAUGUUUUUUAUAUCUGUUGUGUCCAUUGCAUUUUGAUCCGUCGCCGCACAGCCCUGGAGCCCUCUGCAGAGCCAGUUCCUCCUGUGUAAAGUCGUGGGUCCCUCUGCUUUGGCCUUAUCUGAAAGCCUACAGUCAUGAAAGUGUGGGAAACUGUAGCUUCUCAAUAAAUACCUAUUCAGAUGUCCUACGAA